GAACCAGAGGUUUUUAAAGUGAAUCGAAAUUUUUUGCUCUCUAGGUUUUGUGUGCACUAUGGCGACAGCUUUGUUCUCUUUUGGAGUGGUAGCGGAUGUCCAACACGCGGACAAAGAUGACGGAAACUUUGAGGGCCGGUGUCAACGCUAUCGCGAGGCUCCUGGAAAACUAGCACUGGCGAUCUCGGAUUUCAAUGCGAGACAAGAAGAAAUCUCUUUCGUUCUGACCCUUGGCGACAUCAUUGAUGGCAACGAGAGCUUGGAGCUCACUAGUAAAGAUUUUGAUGUUGUCCUGAAUGAGCUGAGCAAGUUGCAAGUGCCCGUAGAUCACGUCCUGGGAAAUCACUGCCUUUCACUACCGCGAGAGGUUCUCAUGCAACAAUUGAAGAUCCCAGCUCGUUACUACGAACGAAGGCUUGGUCACAAAUGGGCACUGGUGGUGCUGGAUUCUAUGGAUCUGAGCUCAACUUGGUCAUCCGACACACCAAAUUACAAAGAGACUCAAGAAUUUCUCAAGUUGUUUCCCCUGGGUGACGAGAACCCGCAAAUGUCCCUUUGGAACGGUGGGAUUGGCGAAGAGCAAAAGAACUGGCUACGGAAAGUUUUAACUGACGCAGAGAGGCACAACGUGAAACUCAUUGUUGCACAACACCAUCCUUUGAUACAAGGCUCAGCUCCAAGCACGCAUUUUCUCUGGAACCACAAUGAAAUCUCGACUAUGCUUGUGGAAAGUUCUGCAGUGGUUCUAUUUCUGUGUGGCCAUUAUCAUCCUGGUGGAUAUGCUUGUGUUUCUGGCAAGCACUUUGUUACGGUAGAAGCCAUUCUGGAAGCACCAACAGGUUCUCAUGCCCACGGAUUUGUGAGUGUCUACGAGGACAAGAUCACGAUUCAUGGGCAUGGAACUGUUACAAGCCGGGAGCUCCAGAUCUCGGCUGCAAAGUGAAGACUUUCAUUUCUGGACUUCAAAUAAUCAACUUUCAUUAUGAGACCUU